AUGACUCAGAUUUAUCAACAUAUCCUGGCUUUAGCAUUUGCAGUUGAGGAGAUCAAUACUAAUCCCCAGAUUUUACCCAAUGUUACACUGGGCUUCAGAAUCUAUAACAGCCAGUUCACUUCAAAACGGAUAUACCAUGCCUCAAUGGAACUCCUUUCAUCUAAAGACAGAUUAAUCCCUAAUUACAACUGUGACAUCCAGAAAUAUCCAGUAGCAAUAAUUGGAGGACCUGACACUGAUGCAUGUCUUCAUGUGGCCAUCAUUCUGCACAUCUACAAGUUUCCUCAGUUGACAUAUGGCUCUGCUCCAAUAACACAUGAGGACAAACAGGCUGGGUUUUAUCACCAAAUGUUUCCAAAUAUAGACCAUCAAUAUAAGGGGAUUCUUCUGCUACUACAACAUUUUAUGUGGACAUGGAUUGGAGUCUUACGUGUGAAUAAUGACAAUGGGGAGAAGUUUGUACAAAAUGUGGUUCCCAUGUUUUCCAAAAGUGGAAUCUGUUUUGACUUCAUUGAAAGGUUUCCAUUAAUUUCCUAUUCUACUGACAUUCUCACUAUGGUGAAAGAAGGGAUGAAAAUGUACAGUAUUGUGAUGAACAGCACUGUCAAUUCAGUGUUAAUUCAAGGUGAAAUUGAGAUAAUGAUAAUUUUGAGAAUGUUUUCCAGUAUGUCAAAAGGUGAAGGAAUAGUAUUACAAGAAAAUGUUAAAAUCUGGAUUAUGACAGCCCAGAUGGAUUUCACAUCUCUUCCCUUUCAGAGAUGGGAAGACCUAGAUUUUCUCCAUGGUGCUCUAUCUUUUGCAGUUCAUUCAAGGGAAGUCCUAGGGUUUCAGGAAUUUCUUCAGAUGAGAAAGCCAAACUUCAAUCAAGAAGAUGACUUUAUUAGGGUUUUCUGGAAGGAGGCAUUUGGAUGUGAAUUCUCAGACUCCCUAGUGGAUGAUAAACACAACUCUGUGAUGGACAAUCAACCAAUCUGCACUGGUGAGGAGAAGCUAGAGACCCUCCCAGCAUCUGUUUUUGAAAUGGACAUGACUAGCCACAGCUAUAGCAUCUACAAUGCAGUCUAUAUUUUGGCACAUGCAAUACGUGUUGUUCAUUCAACCACCUUCAAAUAUAGAGCAAGAAUAGGCAAACGAAGACUUAUUGAAUUUCUCAAACUUCACCCAUGGAAGGUCCAGCCGCUCUCUCUGUGUAAUAACUAUUGCUCUUUGGGUUAUGCUAAGACCAAAAUAGAAGGGAAGCCAUUUUGUUGUUAUGAUUGUCUUCACUGUCCUGAAGGGAAGAUUUCCAAUCUCAUAGAUAUGGAUGACUGUUUUACAUGUCCAGAAGAUCAGUAUCCAAACAAGGAUCAGAAUUCAUGUCUUCCAAAAAUGCUAACCUUCCUAACAUAUGAAGAAUCACUGGGGACCAUCUUAGCCAUUUGUUCUCUUUUGUCUUCUUUUAUUGUAUUGUUGGUUCUGGGUGUCUUCAUUAAGUACCAGGAUACUCCCAUUGUCAGGGCCAACAACCGAAACCUCACCUACAUCCUUCUCAUUUCCCUUCUGCUUUCAUUCCUUUGUGCUCUACUGUUCAUUGGCAAACCUCAUAAAGUGACUUGUCUCCUCCGACAAAGUACUUUUGGUAUAAUAUUUAGUGUAGCUGUAUCAUGUAUGCUAGCAAAAACUACCAUUGUGAUUUUAGCUUUCAUGGCCACCAAACCAAACUCUAUAGUGAGGAAAUGGGUAGGGAAAAGAUUGGGCAUUUCCAUUGUAUUUUUCUGCUCCUUCAUUCAAAUAAUUCUUUGUACUGUCUGGCUGUUCACCUUUCCUCCAUUUCCUGAUUUCAAUGUUCACUUAAUGGCAAAAGAAAUUAUUCUGGAAUGUAAUGAAGGCUCCUUUAUCAUGUUCUACUGUGUCCUUGGCUUUAUGGGCCUCCUUGCUCUUGUCAGCUUUAUGUUAGCUUUCUUUGCCAGGAAAUUACCGGACACUUUUAACGAAGCCAAAUUUAUCACGUUCAGCAUGUUGAUUUUUUGCAGUGUUUGGCUUUCCUUUGUUCCUAGUUAUCUGACCACCGGGGGCAAACAUAUGGUAACUGUGGAGAUCUUCUCCAUUAUAACAUCCAGUGGUGGCCUCCUCAUAUGCAUCUUUUUCCCUAAAUGCUAUAUCAUCAUACUGAGGCCUGAACUGAAUAACAAGCAGCCACUAAAACAAAGAAAAAAAUGA